AUGGCCUACGAAGAGCUCCGUGCUCUCAUUCGAGACCUGCACCGGACUCUAGAUCAGAAGCAUGUGGAUAAAACGGCCGCGCUCCUAACUCGUGCGAAGCGUGCACUUCUCCAGCUAAACGCCCUCAUUCCCACCAGCUCGACUCCUCAUCCACUCAUCUCCCUUGCUCGUGAAAUCCUCGAGCUAGGCGCCAUCACAUCAAUACGCCAAAAAGAUGCCCCUUCCUUUACCCGGUAUUACCAGCAACUACAGCCAUUUUACGACACUGAAAGACAUUUACAGGCAGCCUUCGCGGAGGAGGCUGAGAUAAACUUAAAGACAAGCCAACGAAGCAAGAUCACCGGUCUCUACUUGCUAUUGCUAUUAAGCAUGGGGAACAACACUGAAUUCCACACUGUUUUGGAAGGCCUCGUGGUGGAAGCAUCUUUGAAAGGCCACCCCGUUGAGACUGACCCGUUCAUUAAGUACCCCGUUGAACUGGAGCGGAGCUUGAUGGAAGGCAGCUAUGAUAAAGUCUGGCGUGAAACUAAGUCAGAAAGAGUUCCAUCGGAAGACUUCGGGCUAUUUUCAUCGAUCCUUGUUGGUACUAUUCGAAGUGAAAUUGCCGACUGCUCUGAAAAGGCCUAUCCAUCACUCCCUGUGUCUAAUGCCAAAAAUUUAUUGUUCCUCGACUCCGAAGGUGCUGUUGUAGAGUUUGCUAAAGGACGGGGAUGGACUUUGAAAGAUGGACGGGUAUACUUCCCUAGUCAACAAGAACAGGAGGAGCAGAAUACUCCCCAGAAGGCCGGCAAAGAAAUUACAUUAACAACGGGAUCCGUAAUCGAGAAUACAAUCGGAUACGCUAGGGACCUUGAAACCAUAGUUUAA